CGCGCUGUGUUUCCUGUUUAAGAUGGCGUCCCCCCUGGCAGCGCAGGCCGGGAAGCUUCUGCGAGACCUGGCGCUCCGGCCCCCGCUCCUGGUGGCCAGGUCCCAGGCACUUCAGUUAACCCCUAGACGAUGGCUAAACCUACAGGAAUAUCAGAGCAAGAAACUGAUGUCUGACAAUGGAGUGAAAGUUCAAAGAUUCUUUGUAGUAGACACUGCAAAUGAAGCUCUGGAGGCUGCUAAGAGACUGAAUGCAAAGGAAAUUGUUUUAAAAGCCCAGAUCUUAGCUGGAGGAAGAGGAAAAGGUGUCUUCAGUAGUGGUUUGAAAGGUGGUGUUCAUUUAACAAAAGACCCUAAAGUUGUAGAGCAACUGGCAAAACAGAUGAUUGGAUAUAAUCUGGCCACAAAACAAACGCCAAAAGAAGGUGUAAAAGUUAAAAAGGUGAUGGUUGCUGAAGCUUUGGACAUUUCCAGAGAAACCUACUUGGCGAUUUUGAUGGACAGAAGUUGCAAUGGUCCGGUAAUGGUGGGAAGCCCUCAGGGGGGCGUUGACAUUGAAGAAGUAGCAGCUUCAAAUCCAGAACUUAUUUUUAAGGAACAAAUUGACAUUAUUGAAGGGAUAAAGGACAGUCAAGCUCAGCAGAUGGCAGAGAAUCUAGGCUUCCUCGGGCCUUUGAAAAAUCAGGCUGCAGAUCAAAUUAAGAAGCUGUAUAAUCUCUUCCUGAAAAUUGAUGCUACUCAGGUGGAAGUGAAUCCUUUUGGUGAAACUCCAGAAGGACAAGUUGUCUGUUUUGAUGCCAAGAUAAACUUCGACGACAAUGCAGAAUUCCGACAAAAGGACAUAUUUGCUAUGGAUGACAAAUCAGAGAAUGAGCCCAUUGAAAAUGAAGCUGCCAGAUAUGAUCUAAAAUACAUAGGAUUGGAUGGGAACAUUGCAUGCUUUGUGAAUGGUGCCGGAUUGGCCAUGGCUACUUGUGAUAUCAUUUUCCUGAACGGUGGAAAGCCAGCCAACUUUUUGGAUCUUGGUGGUGGUGUAAAGGAAUCACAAGUAUAUCAAGCAUUCAAAUUGCUCACCUCUGAUCCUAAGGUUGAAGCCAUCCUUGUCAAUAUCUUUGGUGGAAUUGUCAAUUGUGCCAUUAUUGCUAAUGGGAUCACCAAAGCCUGUCGAGAACUGGAACUCAAGGUGCCCCUUGUGGUGAGACUUGAAGGAACCAAUGUUCAUGAAGCCCAGAACAUACUCAAAUGCAGCGGACUCCCAAUUACCUCAGCUGUCGACCUGGAAGAUGCAGCCAAGAAGGCUGUGGCCAGUGUGGCUAAGAAGUGAAGCCUUUGUCCUGACCCCUUGGAAGAAGAAGCCCAUUUCCUAUCAAAAGGAAUAGUUCUCAUCACUGUGAAGGAAAUGGUUAUCCCACUGGAGAAAAAAAAAAUGAUGAGGAGGGGGUGAACAAGAAUCGCUGUAUGAAAAAUCUUAAGUCUGUUUUCCUUACUAAGAUACCUAUAACCUCUAAAUUACCUUCUUUAUUAACGUCCUACUCUGGAUGCAUUGUUUUGCUGACCCAGGGGAGCAGUCUAUGCCAAACCAAAUUUAACAUCAGGACCUGGUUCCUUUGUAACAGUUUUGGUGACGUGUUUGAGCCUUUAUAAUAAAUAAAAAUUAUAGACUGUCAGAAUCUUAGAUAAGAUUACAUUUACAGAUUAUCAAAAAGGUGCUGCUGUGACAUAGUGCAACAGUUUUUACAAGUUUCUAAUUCCACGUGUUUGGAAAAUCCAGGAAUAUUCCAAAAUAUAUUUGACAGUGAAAGAGCCACAUUAAUUUCCCAUACAUGGAUUCUACCAUUUGCCUUAGUAAUUAAGAUACUGUUUACCUCAUACUAAAAUAAAGCCAGAAGCCUUAUUUAUGAUUUUUCGACAGGUCUUCUUCAACCUCAGAGGGAGCUAUACCCAAUAGAAACCAUCAUAAAUUGAAACAUCAUUAAGUUGAAAAUGGGCUUAUUACAAUAUAAAAGACCAGCUACACAGUUCACUGUAGAUUGUCAGUUGUGUACCCUCAUGAUGAAUUUGCUGAAUGCUUUGCUGGGGCUCACUACCUUUGUCCAACAUCACAAGGAAGUAUCAUACUCCCUAGGAAAAGAUCAAAAUUUGAAGUAUGGAUUCUAAUGGAAGUGUAUUGCUUUCACAUUAUAAAAAAAAUCAUUAGUCUAAGUCAAUCAGGAAAGUCUAUAGAAGGUUGAAUUUUGAUGUCAAAACUGGAAUGUUAUGGAAAUUUCUGCAAUUAAAAAACUUCAACAUGAGACCUUACUGAAGAUUAAUGUUCUGUCACUGUCUUCUCUCCCUUCUCUUUUUCCCUUAGAAACUACCACUUGGAAAAACAUAAUGAAGAGAAUGAUAAUUUUUUCCAUAAGGUCUGUUUUUGUGAUGAGGAAAAAUUUGAAUUUGGUUUUUGUUGAUAAAUUUCAGUAA